UUUUCUUUUACAAAUACGCUUUCAAAAGCAACCUUAGCAACGCCCAAAUAAGAAGCCACCUCUAAGCAAAUAGCAUAUGUAUAAAGGGAGGGCGAAUAUAUAUAUAUUUAUAAUAGGUAUAUAUGUAUAUUACAGACGCACAGGUUUACACUCGGUGAACUUUUUCUUUUUUUAAAAAAACUAGUGACAUUGAAGAGAAGGACUGUUCCUCUCUAUCUUUUGGCGCGUUAGUGAAAGGGGUAUUCUGUUUUCUUAGAUCGCCCAAGGGGGCGCAGGGACCUCAGAAAGAAGAGUGGGGAAGAAAGAGGAAGGGUGGGUGGGGGGCAGAGGGUGAGUCGGCGGCGAAGGCGACCGCUUUCUUGCGGCACGAUGCCGUCCCUGCUGGUGCUCACUUUCUCCGCGUGCGUCCUGCUCGGCUGGGCGUUGCUGGCUGGCGGCGCGGGUGGCGGCGGGGGCAUGGGCCUAGGCAGCGGGCGCCGGGAAAGAGAGGCGCUGCCUCCUCAGAAGAUCGAGGUGCUGGUGCUGUUGCCCCAGGACGACUCGUACUUGUUCUCACUGGCUCGGGUGCGGCCGGCCAUCGAGUAUGCCCUGCGCAGCGUGGAGGGCAACGGGACCGGGAGACGGCUUCUGCCGCCCGGCACUAGCUUCCAGGUGGCCUACGAGGACUCGGAUUGCGGUAACCGCGCACUCUUCAGUCUAGUGGACCGCGUGGCGGCUGCACGAGGCGCCAAGCCCGACCUCAUCUUGGGGCCUGUUUGCGAGUACGCUGCAGCACCGGUGGCCCGACUUGCGUCGCACUGGGAUCUGCCCAUGUUGUCGGCUGGAGCACUGGCCGCGGGCUUCCAACACAAGGAAACUGAGUACUCGCACCUCACGCGCGUGGCGCCUGCCUACGCCAAAAUGGGCGAGAUGAUGCUAGCCUUGUUCCGCCACCACCAUUGGAGCCGCGCUGCGCUCGUCUACAGCGAUGACAAACUGGAACGGAACUGUUACUUUACCCUCGAGGGUGUUCACGAGGUUUUCCAGGAGGAGGGUUUGCAUACGUCUGCCUACAAUUUCGACGAAACCAAAGAUUUGGACCUGGACGACAUCGUGCGCUACAUCCAGGCCAGUGAGCGAGUGGUGAUCAUGUGUGCGAGCGGUGACACCAUCCGGAGUAUCAUGCUGGCAGCACACAGACAUGGCAUGACCAGUGGAGACUACGCUUUCUUCAACAUUGAACUCUUCAACAGUUCUUCCUAUGGAGAUGGCUCAUGGAAGAGAGGAGACAAACACGACUUUGAGGCUAAGCAAGCAUACUCAUCCCUCCAAACAGUCACUCUACUGAGGACCGUGAAACCUGAGUUUGAGAAGUUUUCCAUGGAGGUGAAAAGUUCUGUUGAGAAACAAGGGCUCAAUGAGGAGGAUUACGUGAACAUGUUCGUUGAAGGAUUCCAUGAUGCCAUCCUCCUCUAUGUCCUGGCUUUACAUGAAGUACUCAGAGCUGGUUAUAGCAAGAAGGAUGGCGGGAAGAUUAUCCAGCAGACCUGGAACAGAACAUUUGAAGGUAUUGCUGGGCAGGUCUCCAUAGAUGCCAAUGGAGAUCGGUACGGGGACUUCUCUGUGAUCGCCAUGACGGACGUCGAAGCAGGGACCCAGGAGGUUAUUGGCGACUACUUUGGAAAAGAGGGUCGUUUUGAAAUGCGUCCUAAUGUUAAAUAUCCCUGGGGCCCUUUGAAACUGCGAAUAGAUGAAACCAGAACUGUGGAGCAUAGCAACGGCCCUCCUUGCAAAUCGUCAGGUGGCCUAGAAGAAUCAGCAGUGACGGGAAUUGUUGUGGGGGCCCUACUUGGAGCUGGUUUGCUAAUGGCCUUCUACUUUUUCAGGAAGAAAUACAGAAUAACCAUUGAGAGGCGAAACCAGCAAGAAGAAAGUAACAUUGGAAAACAUCGGGAGUUGCGGGAAGAUUCCAUCAGAUCCCAUUUUUCAGUGGCUUAAAAGAAGCCUUCCUCCCCGCCCACCUCCUCUGCUUGAGAUUCUUAAGCUGGGAUGAAAGACAUCCAUGGAACAGAAGGGGUGUUCUUGAAGAAUUCAUUCUUUUAAGCAGUUAGUCAUUUUGUCUUAAAAUUUCUUUAGAAGCUCAGGAACUAUUAUUAAUCACCAUCGGCCUCCUAGCCUUUCAUCUCAUGACAAAGAAAUAUAAGGAUAUAACGUCACACUCUGUUAAAUGUUCAUACUGCUUGGAGGGCAUAGGAUUAGAUUUGUGUUUUUACAACCUGCUGUCUCCAUAGCUGGAUGGUUUCUGGGGACAUUUCACACAAGGAUAUAAAAAUGUGGUUUUCUUAAAUGAAAUGUUUUGUAGCUAGAAUAAAAUCAUUUUUAUAAGUAGAAUAUUCUUGGAAAGAAUUUAACACCCAAUGAGAGGAAACUGUAAUGAAAAAAAUUCGAGGUUGGAAAUACAGUGUCCGUCUCUCUGGAGCUGGAGGACAGGUUGUGGUGGAGCAGGGCUCUGUCCAAUGUCUACAUUCAGGUCUGACUUCAUAUCUCGAGAAAGGAUCCUCCUUGUCUCUCUCAGUGUCUCAUAAAAGCUACUCUGGAAAGUUGUAAAUAUUAGUGAGGUAGGAGGGUUUUUACAAGAAAAGCAAGUCUGAAAUGUUUCUUUCUUUUUUUUAUGUAAAAAACCCUAUUUCACACUAACAUUUUAAGUAUUUUAAUCUUAUAUUUUGGUAUUAGAAAAAUGUGUCUAUUUUUUCAUUUUGAAGAUUAAAUUUCACUUAUAUUUUAAAUGAAUGGGUAAAGUGUACAACAAAUCAAUGAUGAUGAAAGAUACUUCUCUUCUGUUUCUAUCUUGGCCAGAUUGCUGCUUUAAUCACAGAGAGCUAGAACUGUAUUCAGGUUAUAGACACUUACAGGAGUCAUAAAUUUCAAAAACCAUUUUGCAUUUUUGACUGUUUUAAGUGCAAAUCAUUUCAGGGUUAUAUCCCUUCCAAUUCUGGCUAGAUUAUGAGUUUCAAGAUCAGGAAGGAAAAGCUAUUUAGAAUUAAGCAGAGUUUUAUAAAGACAGGUAGCGGUUUUUCCUCAAGAACAACUAAAUAGAGAGAGAAUUUGACAGUAAGCACAGAAAUGAGAAAUUGAAAAAAACACAUACAUGAUAUUUGCCAAAAUUCAUAGUGGUGAUUUUGGCUAAAAGAGGGCAUCUAAAUGUCCACCAUGUCCGCUUGCAGUCAACUCCAUAGAGCUUCAUGGCCACCCCCUAAACACCUGUGUUAAUGAGUGGGUUAGAUGCAGACAUUAGGAAUUUUGGAGAAGGAAAAUGAGUAUUUAUUGGGUAUCUACUUUGCAUCCAUGAUGGUGCACAGAGGUUUAAACUAAGGUUGCCAAUUUCACUUAUCAUACGUGGAAAAAAUAGACAGUGGGGGAAGACGGGUGGCUGUCUGGUAGUGUUCCAUCUUAUAGUUAUGUCACCAGGGUUCUUCCUUAGCCACACUUUGGGGAUCUGAAACAUAGUUUUAAAACUCAUCUUCAUAUCUGUAAAGGCCACAGACAGGAGUCUGAACAGCUCCUCGGUGGUGGUGGUGGUGGUGGUGGUGCGAAGGUGAGUGUGGAGGCAAGCUGAAUGGGUGCAGCAUGUCCUUGUCCUUAGCCCGAGCCUGCUUCCCCAGGGGACUGCUCUGUGACUCACAAUUCAUCAUCCUAAGGGAAGGAGUAUUUCUGCAUGGGCCAGUUUUCCCUCUAUUGUUUAGAAAAUGGGAUGCAGGUUGCUGGGAGGAUGUGGAAGAUGAAUUAAUAAUAGUCACAGAAACAAUGACAGUUGUAGGUCCCCAUGCUGAAUGCAAAGGAAAAAGUGCUGAAUUCUAAAAACAAUGGGGAAAAAAAAAGAAGUCAAGAAAGGCAAACUCCUGAAAUCCGGAUGUAGGAAGAUUGAGAAGUAAAACACAGGAAAGCGAUGUUUGAUGGCUAUGGGGUCCCCAGAGCCAAAACAGAGGUGAGGAGGGAUCGCAUCUACCUUAAUUAUGUGAAUCAGAGAACUGAUUUCUCUUGAACUCUUACUUUUUAAUGGUGUUUUUUAUAUAUUUUAGAGAUACUCAUUUUCUAUUAAUUUUUAUUUGGUGAGAACAUUUACCUUCCAAACCUAGGUGCUUAUUACUCUACCUGGUUGUUGUCUUUGGUUAUAAACACUUCUAAUCUUUUAGUGUGCCCACACACACCAACAUUUUUAGAGUAAACAUCUUUUUUUAAUACUUCAGAUAGAAAAGUAGUUCUAAAUUUAAUAUUGUAUCCCUAGAUAAGAUCUUAAAGACAAGUGAGAAUUUAAUCUUUUAAAAAUGGCAGGACAGAUCACAAGGUUUUUGGUAUGUGGAAAUCAUUCUGGUUGCUUAUUUACAUUUCUAUUGUUUUUUCUUCCUUGAAAUCUUUAUAUGAAUUAAUCCAUUAAGUUCUGAAAGCUCCCCAGUGGGAAACCUUUGCUAAAAGUAUAGAUGUUUGGCCCAAGGUUGUCCUGCAUUAAGAUCUCUAGAGGUUGUAUUUUGGGACUUAAAUUCCUAAUUGUUAAGCAACAUCUUGACAACUAGUCAUUCAUACUCUGCCAGUAGCCACAAAUUAUAUAAUAAAAUAAAUAGGGCUUUGGUUCUUAAAAUAAAGUUUUACCCUGAAAUCCAAGGUGUUCAGAUUUCAAAAGGGAUAUUUUAUCAGUAUUCUUCAUCUGGUCACAUAUAAGCUCACAUUGAUACAGGUCAAAAUGAGCGUAUACUCUUUGAUGUUAGAAAUGAGUGUAGAUUUUAUGCCAUUAUUAUUGUCUUAGAUUUUGGAGGGUGGGAGAGGAACUCAGAAACAAAAACUUUCCCCACAUGACAACUUGUAUCUGGAAAGAACUUCCUGCAUAGUCCAUAUUUUCCUGCAGCCUGAUCACAGGUUUUAUGAGGAAGCCCCUGGAAACUGCAUUUGUCUGAAGAGCCAUCAACUUGUUUUUCUCUGAACCACAGAUAUGGCUCCAUAGGCUUUAUAACAGUUCUCUAAAUGUCAGAAGCCACAUUUAAUGGAGGGAGGGGAGAAAUGUUUGGAAAGAACAAAUGCCUCCUUUUCUCCUUCCUAAAGUUCAAAGACUUUUGCUUUGGAGCCAAUCACGUCUCCCUGUUCACAGGCUUUGAGGACCAUUAAUUAGCUCAAGGCCCAUGUUCUUUCUUUGCCCCUAUCUUAUCACUUUUCUUCUGGUUGGGACCGAUUUGGGGCCUAAGAUCUGCUGUGGGCAGUGAAAAUCAAGGCCAAGGUAGACCUCACACAGACAGCGGUGGAUUCAGAAUCAGGUCCAGUGGCAUCGUCGCCUUCCUGUAAGUGGGCACAUGCUGGCUAUUUGUGGAAGUCUCUUCAGGAGACUGAGUGGAAUACUAGGCCACCAGUAUUAAGGGAGUGUUCAUAAAUUGGAAGGAGCAAGUGUCUGUGUUUUUGGGACACAAAGAACUCUGAUGCUGAAUGGAUGCAGUCCUCAAGGCAAACGCCAACCUAAAUUAGGCUCCUUGAUCUACGUGUCAUGGGUUUUGUUUAGUUACACCCUGUGGUUCAGGGCCUCCUAAGGAAGCUGGUAAUGAGCUCAAUUUCUCCUUCAGUGGAAAAAACUGAAACUGUUUAAAAACACAGGAUAUGUUUAGGGGCAGCUUGGAAACAGAGGGAAUGAGAUGGUGAUAUUCAGAGGGAUGAGUUUCUUUUUCAGUUUGUCUUAGAAUUGAAGAAUAACCAAUAAUUUAGUCCCUCUCCAAUGGCCACACUCAGUAGGCACUUCAUCCACCAACAGAAAUGGAAGAGUGUAGCUUUGCAGGCUGUCACUCUCUUUACACCCCAACCCCACCCUCCAUCUGUUUUGGCUGAAAAGAUAUGUCAGCAAGUGGGAACUUGUGAACAGGCCUCCGUACAUCCUUAGAGGGAAAAUGGCAAAAUAAUGCUGGUUAUAAGAAGGUAGCUGGCUUUUCAUCAGAACCCCAUACUAACUAGACCACACAUGCCCGUCAUAGUUCAAGCCUGUGAUGUGCAUCAACUCCAACAAGCCUGACUUUGGUUUUCAGCAUGCAGAUUUCACAAAUAUCUCUUGCAGGCAUUACCCCACAGAUCAACUGUAGAAUUAAAAUAACUUUCCAAAGGUGCUGGGUUGGAGUUUGUUCAAAUUUCUCAUUAACCACUAAUGUCAAUUCAUACCAAAGGCAAAGCAUGCUACACCAGAUGAUGCUGUUAUGUUCAUGUUAUAAGAUACUUCAAACACCGUGGAAGGGUUUCAGUGGGAACUGAGUCUCAGAAGCAAAAAAAAUCCAUAUAUUAUAAUAGCUCUUUGAUGUGUCAGGUGUAGGAUGAUUCCUAGUGGAGAGAUUUGAACAAAUAGAAUAAAAUGUUUCAUUGCUUUGAUUCAUGUUUGAAGACUUAAAUUUCUAUGAACAAGGAAGAAAGAGUCCACUUACUACACAGUGUGUAAAUUACAACACAAGCUACCAGAUUAUUUUUCAUUUGCUAUUAGAACAAAGCUGUUAAAAUACAUAAUUAAUAUUGGACAGAGAAGGCUAGGAAAGGGGCGAGUUUGGAUUUUGAAAUGGGGUGCCUUAUUUAUUAGUCAAUGCCAAGAUCUGAAAAUGUUCAGUGUAAUGUAAGACAGCAAGAAGUGCCCCCUCAACAGCAUGGAGAUGCUGUGAGUUUGCAGACUGAUAUAUCCGGGAAGGGGAGCUUUGUUCCCUGUGCAUUAACGAAACCAAGAAGAUAUAGGAUAGAUAUAGUUGAGUAUCAAUUCUGUGGUCCUCGUCUCCUGGACCAUAUCAUAUAUUGUUAACAUAAAUAUAGCACUACCAACCAAUACAGUCUACUACAAAUCUGGUAGAGAAGUAAAAGUGAAAGCUGCACAAGCCACACACAGUUUAUUAUUCUAAUGUAAGUAGAACUAUCUGCAUAUAAUGUGAUUUAAUUUAUUGUUGUUUUGUGUAGAAAAUGAGAAUUAAUGACUGUGGAUAUAACCCGUUUUGUAUAAUAUAUUUUAUUUCUGGUGCAAACUGGUCAUUUAAAAUACCUACUUCAUUUUGUGUUUGGAUAUAAAUGUGUAUGUGUUCUUGUAAAUGUUUAUAUUAAGCAAGAAUGCCACGUACUCAGAGUAUAACAAUGUGUUCUCAUUAAAAAAAUACAACCACAGAA